CCCCCCAGCUCUACUGUGGCUGCCACUGGAUUACCCUUCUCCAGGCGCACAGGUUCUGACCGCUCAGCGUUGUUUCAUGCAUUGAAUGUGCUAAAAUGAGUUACGUUGUGUUUCGUGCCCGUGUUUGUUCUUUAAGAAAAUAAGCAACUUUCACAUAUUGCAAAAUAUCAGUUACUGGCAUUACUGCAAUGACCCCCGCCUCCCCCCCAGUACACACACGCUAGUGCAUGGGCAGUGAGCGGUUGUGUGGUGUCUUUGUUUAAAUUGCCUGCAGCAUUCCAAGCCUUCUGUAAAGUGGUAGGCCCCCAAAUUGAUUUGCAGUAAUGUGUUCACAGAGCAUUGUUGGGGCACCACGGGCUGCCCGAGAACAGUAAAAAAUCACCCUCUUAAAAUGCAAAGAGGACAUCGACCAGCAUCCAAAACAAGGCCUUCAGAAAGGAGUGGGCAAUGAGGUCUGUGUGAUUAAGGGGCUGGCUAGGGGUGCAGACUGCCCUGUGUGACCUCGGAAAAGUCGCUUAGUCUGUCCAUGCCUCAGUUUCCCCAUCUGUAAAAUGGCAAUGAUAAUACUUCCCUGCCUCGUGGGGGUGCUGUGGAGAUAAAUUCAUUGUUGAUUAGGAGGUGCUCAGAUAUUCCAGUGGUGGGGGAGCCAUAUAAGAAACUAGAGAGGCCAAGUAGGAAAAGUUUCAGUUGCUAUUUGAAAGUGUGGAAAGAUGAACUGGGGUAAAGGUUAAGGGAAAGCCGAGGACUCUCCACAGUAAGGGCUGCUGAGGCAGUCCUGCGGGGGCGGGAUCCCUGAAAGACUGGUCACUUCUGAGCACAGAUACCAUCCAGGCUGAGGCUCAAGGGGAAGUUCUUGACCUGCCCUGACGUCUGUACCAUUUGGAGCAUUAGACAGCCCGUGUAAAGACCACCAGACCAGUAUGCAGUGAUCCCAGCUGAUGCAGGCUUGAGGCAAGGUUUGAACAAGCUGAAAGUGAUGCCAGAGCUCAGAAGGUGUUCCAAGCGAGCAGCGUGCGUGUGUUCUCAGGUCAUUGCAAGACUAAUGUUCUUUGCUCUACGCGUGAAGAGAUCCUGCCACUAUUCCUCCUUCCGCUGCUGCAGUUAUUGAAAGAAGGUGCCGGACCUUUCGUGUGCCAGUUCACAGGUGGCUUGCGUGUGCUACACAGGACAUCAGGUGGCUGUAUUUUAGUAACUGUGUGCCACAGUCCUGGGCUGUGAAAGAGAAAUCCACAAGGAAGGAAAGGAGGGAAUCCUAACCUUCCUGCCUAAAAUAAGAGCGCGUUUCUCACUCCAUUUUGUUGACUUCCCUCGGCAAACACAGUACGAAUACCUGGGGCAAUACGCAGCGCUGGCUUGAAGGGGGCCUCUUUCUCGUGCUUUAAUGUGAUUUGUGACUUUCAUGUAUCCUUGUAGCUGCAGCAUCCAGCAAUGGGAUUCAGACGAACCUAUCCCGCGGUCAGAAUUGCUGGCGGGUGUGGCUGGGAAGCAUGGACUGCUCUGUCUCUUGUCUGAACGGAUAGACAAAGAGGUCCUCGAUGCAGCAGGGUCUAACCUUAAAGUAAUCAGCACGCUGUCUGUGGGUGUUGACCAUCUGGCUCUAGAAGAAAUUAAAAAGCGUGGAAUCCGUGUGGGAUACACCCCGGACAUCUUGACGGACGCCACGGCCGAGCUCUCGGUAGCUUUGCUCUUAGCUGCGUGUCGCAGGCUGCCGGAGUCAGCGGAGGCAGUGAAGAAUGGUGGUUGGACAACGUGGAAGCCUCUGUGGAUGUGUGGGUACGGGCUGUCUGAUAGCACUGUAGGAAUCAUAGGGCUGGGAAGAAUAGGACAGGCAGUGGCGCGCCGUUUAAAGCCAUUUGGGGUCAAGAAAUUUUUGUAUACGGGAAGUCGCCCAAAACCAGAGAGCGCCGUGGAGUUUCAAGCCGACUUUGUCCCACUCACCAAGCUAGCAGAGGAGUCAGACUUUGUUGUUGUUACCUGUUCCUUAACUCCUGACACUAAAGGAAUGUGCGACAAGGAUUUCUUCAGCCGAAUGAAGAAAACGUCUGUGUUGAUCAACACAAGCAGGGGAGCGGUGGUGAACCAGGAAGACCUGUACCAGGCUUUGGUUAGUGGCCAGAUUGCAGCUGCUGGUCUGGAUGUCACAACCCCAGAGCCGCUGCCUACAGACCACCCUCUCCUUUCCCUGAAGAAUUGUGUGAUUUUGCCUCACAUUGGAAGCGCUACCUACGCCACGAGAAGCGCCAUGUCUGUGCUGGCUGCUAACAACCUUCUGGCCGGCUUGAAAGGGGAAAGCAUGCCAAAUGAACUCCAGCUGUGAAGAGAAGAGAAUCCCAAGAACAUCGCUGGCUAGACCAGGUCAUACCUUAAAAAUGACCAUUUUCUCUUAGCCCAGAGAAGCAGAACAGAUCCUGACUCAUUCCUGCUGUAAAGUUGGUGUAUGUGUGUCUGUCGUUCUGCAAGUAGAACUUAUUAAACCAGGCUUGAGUAACA